GUCAGUUUCAUGACGACCGAACGCCGCGCCUCGUAAUCCUCGUAUCAUGCAUCGAACUCCGCAUUUCGAUUCGGUUCUUCGAUAAGCUCGGUGCCUCUCGAGAACGCGCUGUGUCCAGUCGAAUCGCUCACCGGACUUUGCGGACGCCCGAAGAUCCUCCGGGGAGCGUGUGGAGCGCUUUCUGCGAGCGCCUGAUUCUCUUCAUCGCCGGGAUUUUGGAUUUUGUUCGUGCUUAAAUCGCAGUCGCCAUCGAGACACCAUCAUGUCGCCUUUGGUGGCCUCCCUGCUGUUCGUCUCCCUCGCCCGCGCCGCCAUCGACGCCCCCAACGUCGCCUUCAAAUGGAAACAAAUCGACUUCCACUUCCCCAGCACCCAGGCCAAACUCGACGCCACCACCUCCAAGAACUUCAUCCCCGAACACAACGUCCCCUUGGGCCUCGAGGUCCACGGCGACCGGAUAUUCAUCACCUUGCCCAGGUGGAAGCAGGGCGUCGCCGCCUCCUUGGCCUACAUCUUGAAAUCAGAUAAACAGGAUUCGCCGGUGCUGAGGCCGUACCCGAACUGGAGGGCGCACGACCAAGGGGUGCCGAAUCCGGAGAUCGUGUCGCCGUUUCGGAUGCGGGCGGACGCCUGCGAUCGGCUGUGGGUGCUCGAUACGGGCUCCGCUAACAUCGUGGAUCGCGACGGGUUCAAGCAGGUGACCAAGCCCAAGUUGCUCAUCUACGAUUUGAAGACGGAUUCUCUGAUCCGGUCGUACACGAUACCGGACGAUCAGCUGCACGAGGACAGCUUCUUCGCCAACAUAGCCGUGGAGGAGAACGGUUGCGAGGAUAAUUUCGCCUAUUUGGGCGAUUUGGGCCAGCCCGGUUUGGUGGUGUACGAUUACAAGAGGAACACUUCGUGGAUAUUCAAGCACGCUUACUUCAACAUGUCGCCGACCGCCGGGCACAUGGUGGUCGCCAAUAUAUCCUUCGAAUGGUCGGACGGAAUCUUCGGACUAGCGCUCUCCGACAAAGACGCCGAGGGCUACAGCACGCUGUACUUCCACCCGAUGACCAGCUACAACGAGUUCACCGUCAGCACGAAGACCCUGCGCAACGAGACCCUCUCGAGCGACCCCGUCGCCUUCAAAAACCACUUCAAGCUGCUGGGCACGCGCGGCCCCAAGUCGCAGAGCGGCGUCUCGUUCCUGCACCAGAAGACCGGCGUGCUGUUCUACGCGCUGGUGCAGCUGAACGCGGUGCUCUGCUGGCGCACCUGCCUCUCCAACUACACCAUGGAGUCGCAGGGCAGGGUGUUCAUGAACGACGAGGUGAUGGUGUUCCCCAACGACAUCAAAGUCGACGACGACGAUACGCUGUGGGUGCUGUCCGAUAAGCUGCCGGUUUUCAUGUACGGUUAUCUGGAUUACCACGAUUACAACUUCAGGAUUAUCAAUGCUACGGUUAAGGACGCGAUCAGGGGCACCGCGUGCGAUUCCAAGAUGCCCAAGGACGAUUAUUAUUUGAAGAAUAUCACCAGGACGAGGUCGGAUGGAACUGCGUGGAGGUCGGGAGUGGUUCUGCCGCUGCUCCUGUUGGUACUGCUGAGUUUGUGGAGUUAAAAUCGUACUUAGUUAUUGACUGGAUGGACUGGUUGAAUGAUUGGUGUUUACUUAAGACUGCUGCCGGGUAACGGGGAUGUAUUGUAAGGCAGCCAAUUGGUUUAUAAAUUAAAAAUAAUACUCGGAUAUUUUGUAGAAGGAAACGAUUAUAUUCUACUUAUUCGUGGUUAAUUUCGAUGUAAUAAAUUUGGGGCAGGUUGUAUCCUUGUGGCUAAAUUGGUACACCCUGUAGGUCGACCUUUUUGGCCUCAUUUGAUUCAAGUAUUAAAUCACUAUCAUAUCAAAAAAAAAACUUAGAGAUUGGAAUAUAAAGAGCUCACAGAAGCUUGGCUGUGGUUAGAUAAAACUUCGUAACGAUUAAUGUUUAUUUAGCUAUAUUAUCAACUACAAAAAGUCUUUUUAAACUGUAAUUUAUUUAUUAUUUAAUUAGUUUUUUUAAGACCAUUUUCUAUCUUUCACCUCGAUUAAAUUCACUAUGUAUUAUAAUAACAUUCCUUCGGUUCUUUUAGAACGUUUAUAUUAUUAAAUUUUAAGAAAGUAUUUUUAUAGAAACAGAGUUUGCUAAAAGUGGUGCUAAAAGUUACCACUUUAUAUUAAUAUAUAUCAUUAAAAUAUUUGCUUUGCAGAUAAAA